GAAGAUGGAAAAAAUGUCCCAACUAUGUUCACAACUAUUGCUGGUUGUCAUGUUCGCCCUUGUCCUCGUCAUGGGACGACCACAACUGCAUCGUUACCAACACAUAGCCGUCAUCGAAAAUGAUGCCUGGGAACAAACACUGCCCGCAGAACUGAGAAAUCCCUUCUAUAAGACACCCAGAGUACGAAAUGCAUUGGCCAAGUCUUCGUGGUUUGGACCCGGAGAAACACCGGUAAUGUAUACCAGUCAUCAUGAAUACGCGUGGACAAAAGGCGUGGAUUUUUAA